UAAAGCCAAAAGGAAGUCCCGCCUUUUCCGCUUCUGGCUGACCAAUCAUCAUGCAGAAGUCCGGAGAACGGUGCAGGAUUUAAAUUGCCGAAGCUUUGGCGUCCUGCGUUUCAGCUGCGGGGGCGCGUUUUUUGCGUGAAGGGUUGCGGAAUGGCUUCUGCUGCGGAAAGAGAUUGGGUCAACGUUGCCAAUGAUCUUCUGACAAAAUGUAACAUACAUCUGCAAGUUAAUAGCCUCUCUGACUGUGGAGCUGAAGUUUUUGUUCAUCUUUAUGAAUCAAUAUUAGGAGAAAAAGUCCCUGAUUUCAUAGCUGUUCCUACUUGCCAAGAAGACAAUAUUCAUAAUGUGCAGGCGGUGAUAGAUUCUUUGGCACUGGACUACUUGCAGAUCAGCUUGUCGCAUAUAACUGGGGAAAAUAUUGUGAAAGGAGAUAAGGAGUCUAUUAGGAAUCUCUUGGAAAUAUUUGAUGGCUUACUUGAAUAUCUUACAGAAGAAAUCAGUGAAACUACUUCUCAACAGGAUGGUGGUCUUAAGCAGAUGGCAGAAACAGAAGUCCAGCACACUGAAUCAAAGACACCAGAAGAUGGCUGUGACAUCCCAGUUCCCUCCCUAGAGCAACCCUCAGCUGAAGGAUCUUCUCAGUCAUCAGAGCUGCUUGAUCCAUCUUCGGAGGCUGGUGGUUCAGAAUCUACAAGUGAGCUGAUCAAGCUUGGUGACACGGCUUACUUGUUUUCUCUGAGAAAUGAAGUGUUACCAUCAGAAAAAGAAGUCCCAAAAAAGGCUGCAGGGUCUGGAAUACGUGCAACAUUUAGAGAAUCAUUUGGUUUGUCCUCCAGUGGGAAAUAUACUGUUGUUUCAGAAAGACCAGCUAUAGCAAAAUCUGCUCAAUUGUCUGAAGAGCAGUUGAGUUCCAGUGCUAAGAAGCUUGGGGACCCAAUCCGUCCAGCAAUCGCUUUGCAGCCCCCCUAUCAACCUUCCGUCAGUGGAGUCUCUUAUCUAGGUGAAAGAAACAAUGUCACUGGAGACAGGGAUUCCCCACCACCUUUAUUACCACUUAAACCUCAAGAACCGCCACCUACUGUUCUUGCAGAAUCUCCUGAGCGUGAAUCUCCUGUUUUUUCAGAUGGCAUCCAGUCUUUUCCAGAUGCUACUUCUUAUUUCCCAACGGAACCGUCAGGAACAGGAGUUGGUGUAACUGGUGAAUCAGUGCCACUAGCCAGCUCAUAUGAUUCAGAAAAGGAAAUAGGCGAGAGUUUGCAGUACACAUCGAUUCAGAGUUGCAAGGAGAAUGGAUUACCUCAGUUCACCUCUAUACAAACCACAAGGCCCAAACAAAGGAAUCUAUUUAUUGGGAAAAGCCAGAAAGAACGUCCUGCUCUGGCAGACUCUUUUAUAGAAGACUCUCUUACCCAUAGACGUGCAAAGGAAAAACUCUCCGCAAUGUCAGAGAAACUCUCCCGCAGGCUGAAUGAACUGGAUGCGAUGUUAAAGCAUGCUUUGGGUGAACAAAGCCAGGACGAGUUGUCGGGUGACGAGGAUACCCUUUCUCAGCACAGUGACAGUAUCAUGGACUAUCGCCAAAUCAAACAACAAUCAGAUAUUCGUCAUCCAAGAAAAGCACCCAACAGGCGACGGUCAUUUUCUGCUUCCCCGCCACCAUCUAAUUAUCAACCAUCACAUGUAUCAGAUAGUCCUCUCCAGAAAGAUGCAGAAGAGCCAGCGCGAAGGGUGCGAAUAUGUUGGCAAAAUGAACAGGAUCAAAGGAAGUUAAGAGCGAAGCAUCUGAGUAAAGCUUAUGACGAAGACCUAAGAGCAUAUGAAGCUAGAGAAAGACUGGAACUUGCAAAGAUAAAAGCAAAGGCUCAGGAAAUGGAACAAAAAUUCAGAGAGAACGUACUUAAAGGAACUCCAAGAAUCUCACAUGCAGCAAAGAUUUAUUCUCGAAAAAAUAUACCUCGGCAUUCCAAACUCAACCAGAGGAUUUCAAGAGGAGGGUUUGCGAAGCCAAAAAAAGCAGCUCCAAUGAAAGUCAAAGAGAACGAUCUCUUGCCUCUGCUACUUGAAGAUUUUCCUCACAUGAACAUUUCUCAUCCAACAAUGAACAAGAUGUGGCAACAGCAGCUCUCCCAAAUUGAGCAAUUCAAAUCUCCCAGAGAUAGGAACCAGUGGAAACUACAAAAUGAAGUAUUGGAAACACUGAAGAAGCACAAUCUACUUGUGGAUCUUCUUAAGAGAGAGCAGGCUCACAACAGGAGAUUGCAAGAGUUUAGGCAGCGCAUUGAGAGGCAGAAAUGUACACAGAAUAAAAUGAGGGAGAGACGCCAGCAGAUUGCCCGAGCCAAAAAAUACUAUCAAGAUUACAGAGUUCAGCUGCGUGCCAAGAUGAUGAGGACCAGAACGCGGGAGGAAAGGAUAUUUAAACAACUGUUUGAAGAAGGCUUGGAAAUUCAAAAGCAAAGAUUUCUUGAGUUGAGGUCAUAUGCCAAGGAAAAACGUGCUGAACAAAAGAAGCAGUAUCAAGAUGAACUGCAAUCCAUGGAAAACUAUUACAAAGAUCAGUUUGCAAUGCUGGCUGAAGCUGUUUCAGAAGAACGUCGAGAAAUCCAAACCAGAGAGCGAGCACAUACCCAGACAUUAAGUAAAGUGAAACGUGAACUGAGAUCCAAGCUGGAGAAAGAGAUUAAAGAACUGCAGGACAUGAUCACACAUGAUGAUGAUGAUUUGUUUUUCCGAGAACUAGAAGCUGAUCGGCUGAAAUCCAGACUCUUGGUGGCUUCUUUUCAGUGCAGCAAGAACUAUCUGUUUCUUUAAAAGCCUGGCAUGCUUGUAUCAUAUCUAUAUGGCUUUUUUCAAGGAGACCGGGAUCAAAACUAUAAAAUUAGUGGUUUAGUUUCCUGCCCCAAGACCAAGAUUAAGUUGAUGUUAUGAAAAUAUUGCACUGAUAUUUUCAAAACAAAUGGUUUUAAAGACUUUGUCAAUAAAGAUUAGCUUCCUUAUAAUCAAAA